AUGAAGUUACUUCCCGCAACCCUCGCGGUCGCUCUCACCUCACUUAUUUCCUCGUCCCACGCACUGUACUUCUACCUCGACGGCACGACACCGAAAUGCUUCUACGAGGAUCUAGCCAAGGGGACGCUCGUUGUCGGAACAUACCGUGCCGAAGCCUUCGACCGGCAAUCCCAGACCUUCAUCACAACACCCGACCUAAACAUGCACUUCACCGUCGAAGAGACGUUCGACAACGACCACCGCGUCGUCACGCAGACGACGUCCUCCUCCUCGAUCCCCUCGAAAUUCACCUUCAGCGCCGCAGACUCGGGCCUCCACAGACUGUGUUUCACGCCCUCGGGCCCCGCGGCCAUCAGCGUGAACGGCUGGUUCAGCGGCAGCGCGGGCAACGUCCUCGGCGGGAUUAAACUGACCGUCGACAUGGCCAUUGGCGAGACGAGCAAGAUCGAAAGCGAGGACAAGGGCAAGAUCGACACCAUCGUGCAAAAGGUCCGCGAGUUGAAUGGGCGGUUGCAGGACAUUAGACGCGAGCAGGUUUUCCAGCGGGAACGCGAGGCUGAAUUUCGCGACCAGAGCGAGGCCGUCAACGCCCGCAUCGUGCGCUGGACGCUCAUCCAGAUGGGCGUGCUGGGCGUGACGUGCGCGUGGCAAUUAUCUCACCUGCGGGCCUUUUUCAUCAAGCAGAAGUUGACGUGA